GGAAUCGAACCGCGGUAGAUAUGUAAAUGAUCAAAACAGUGUAUGGGAAUCCCAGCACCGUCACCGGGUUGUCCCUUGUGGGAUUUUCCAAUCAUCCCCCAACCGAGAUUCCCCUCUUCUUCCUGUUCUCUUUGGUCUACUUAGCAAACUGCUUCGGAAACACCGCUGUCAUCACCUUGGUGGCUCUGGAUGCCUCUCUGCAGACCCCCAUGUACUUCUUCCUCUGUCAUCUGGCCUUUCUCAACAUCUUUUUUAGCACAAUUGUGGUCCCUAAGAUGCUCUUCAACCUCCUCUCCAGCAGGAAAGUCAUCUCCUACGACCUCUGCCUCGCUCAGACCUACCUCGCCUUGUUUCUGGGGGCCACCGAGUGCUUCCUUCUCACGGCGAUGACUCUGGAACGCUAUGUGGCCAUUUGCUGCCCACUGAGGUACCGGCUCCUUGUGAGCUGGCCUGCAUGUGUGGCCCUGGCUGGAGGCGCCUGGGCCACUGGCUUUCUCGCUUUGGUGUUGCCCCUCCACUCUGCAAUCCUCCCUCUCUGUGGUCCGUACGUUGUUGACUACAUUUUCUGUGAAGUGCCCGUCCCUCUGCACCUGUUCUGUGCUGACACGUCCCUGCUGGAGGUCAUGAUGCACGUGGGAGGGGUCGGCACAGUGUUAGUCCCCUUCCUCCUCAUCAUGGCCUCCUACCUGCGAAUCCUGAUUGCUGUGAUGAGAAUAGACUCAGUCCAAGGCAGAGUAAGAGCCUUUUCAACGUGUGCGUCCCACCUGACCAUGGUAACCCUGUACUACGGGACAGGGUUGAUCAGGUACAUGCGGCCCAAGUCCCUGUACUCGGCAGAGGGGGACAAGCUGAUGGCCUUGUUCUAUGCAGUCCUGAUUCCAAUGCUCAGUCCUUUCAUUUACAGCCUGAGGAACAAGGAAGUGAAGGGGGCCGUGCGAAGAGUCAUAGAAAGACAUAAGAAAACAAAAACAUCAGACAUGAAGGUUUUUAGACAUUAA